GUGGCCUGUGGAAGAGAGUUAAACAAAAAAUAAGGAUUAGUUCAUCUUAUUUUUCACUAAUUUUAUCAAAAGAUUAUCACAGUGGCUGAAUAUUGCUAUGUGUUAGCCUUGGAGGUGAGAAAAGAAAACAAACCCGGACCUCCUAAUUUAUGAUCCCUCCUUCCUGUACUGGCUCUAAAGUAGCCAUUUCUCAAGACCUGUGUGGAGUCCAUCAGAGGACUUGAAGGGGCCACAGACAGGGCAUCCCUUGGUGGAGGCAGAGGAACUGCAAAAAUGGUGCCUGCGAGCAGAUCUGGAGGCCAGGGCACACUGAGAAGACGUAGCAAUCGCUCCCUUUAUUUCCCAAGCAAGUUCUGCUGUUCUUUUCAUGCCUUCUUACUGCGCGCCCCUCCUGGCUGCCCUGUGCCCUCCCGGAUCCCAUUUCCCUAAAGGAGUAGAAGCAAAGGGACGCUAGGAAUGUGCUCCACCUACAAGACCACGACACGCCACCUCUAAAUCGUAGCGUCUGGUAGUAGGCAGCGGUCUGAUGAGCACCCCACUCUGUCCGCAAGAGGCUCUUGGAAUUACGAGGGAAUUUCAACGAAAAGGAACACCAAUGGAUCGUAGUCUUAGAAAAGCAGCAUAGAUAAUGUCUGUUUCCUGUGCUAUAAACACGUGGCAGAGCUGUAAGUAAAUGCUCCGCACUGCAUGAUGAAUUGGAUGGCGGCAGACCAGAGGCAAAAAAAAUAAUUGUCUCAUUUUCAUGGUGAUUUGCUUAACUGGUGGGACCAUGCCAGAACGGCUAGCGGAAAUGCUCUUGGAUCUCUGGACUCCAUUAAUAAUAUUAUGGAUUACUCUUCCCCCUUGCAUUUACAUGGCUCCAAUGAAUCAGUCUCAAGUUUUAAUGAGUGGAUCCCCUUUGGAACUAAACAGGCUGACUGAAGAACAGCGGAUUUUGAACCGCUCCAAAAGAGGCUGGGUUUGGAAUCAAAUGUUUGUCCUGGAAGAGUUUUCUGGACCUGAACCGAUUCUCGUUGGCCGGCUGCACACAGACCUGGAUCCUGGGAGCAAAAAAAUCAAGUAUAUCUUAUCAGGCGAUGGAGCUGGGACAAUAUUUCAAAUAAAUGAUAUAACAGGAGAUAUCCAUGCUAUAAAAAGACUGGACCGGGAAGAAAAGGCUGAGUAUACUCUAACAGCUCAGGCAGUGGACUGGGAGACGAACAAGCCUCUGGAGCCUCCUUCUGAAUUUAUUAUUAAAGUUCAAGACAUCAAUGACAAUGCGCCAGAGUUUCUUAAUGGACCCUAUCAUGCUACUGUGCCAGAGAUGUCCAUUUUGGGUACGUCUGUCACUAAUGUAACAGCUACUGAUGCUGAUGACCCAGUUUAUGGAAACAGUGCAAAGUUGGUUUAUAGUAUCUUGGAAGGGCAGCCUUAUUUUUCCAUUGAGCCUGAGACAGCAAUUAUAAAAACUGCUCUUCCCAACAUGGACAGAGAAGCCAAGGAGGAAUACCUGGUUGUCAUCCAAGCCAAAGAUAUGGGUGGACACUCCGGUGGCCUGUCUGGGACCACAACACUUACAGUAACCCUUACUGACGUUAAUGACAAUCCUCCAAAAUUUGCCCAAAGUCUGUAUCACUUCUCAGUACCAGAAGAUGUGGUUCUUGGCACUGCCAUAGGGAGGGUGAAAGCCAAUGACCAGGAUAUUGGUGAAAAUGCACAGUCAUCCUAUGACAUCAUCGAUGGAGAUGGAACAGCGCUCUUUGAAAUCACUUCUGAUGCCCAGGCCCAGGAUGGCAUUAUAAGACUAAGAAAGCCUCUGGACUUUGAGACCAAAAAAUCCUAUACGCUGAAGGUAGAGGCGGCCAAUGUCCAUAUUGACCCACGUUUCAGCGGCAGGGGGCCCUUUAAAGACACGGCAACGGUCAAAAUCGUUGUUGAGGAUGCUGACGAGCCUCCUGUCUUCUCUUCGCCAACUUACCUCCUUGAAGUUCAUGAAAAUGCUGCUCUAAACUCCGUGAUUGGGCAAGUGACUGCUCGUGACCCCGAUAUCACCUCCAGUCCUAUAAGGUUUUCCAUCGACCGGCACACUGACCUGGAGAGACAAUUCAACAUUAAUGCAGAUGAUGGAAAGAUAACGCUGGCAACACCACUUGACAGAGAAUUAAGUGUAUGGCACAACAUAACAAUCAUUGCUACUGAAAUUAGGAACCACAGUCAGAUAUCACGAGUGCCUGUUGCUAUUAAAGUGCUGGAUGUCAAUGACAACGCCCCUGAAUUCGCAUCCGAAUAUGAGGCAUUUUUAUGUGAAAAUGGAAAACCCGGCCAAAGUUUUCUCUCUGGCAAACACGUAAUAAAAUUAGAAAUGAUAGAAUUGCAAGAACAUACCUCAAAUCCUCUGGGCAGAAAGGAGGCUGAAGAGCUGAAGGGAAAUGGAGCUCUCUUACUGAAAAGACCUCUUAAUAUAGGACCUGUUCCACCAGAGACAGGAAACAUCUAUCAAGAGCUGAAAAGGAGUCAGCUGGGGAUAAACCAGGUUCUCUCUGAAGAGAAUGGUAAUCUGGCUGGACGGGUGGAGGAACAGGUCAUUCAAACAGUGAGUGCCAUGGACAAAGAUGAUCCCAAAAAUGGACAUUAUUUCUUAUACAGUCUUCUUCCAGAAAUGGUCAACAAUCCGAAUUUUACCAUCAAGAAAAAUGAAGAUAAUUCCCUCAGCAUUUUGGCAAAGCAUAAUGGAUUCAACCGCCAGAAGCAAGAAGUCUAUCUUUUACCUAUCAUAAUCAGUGAUAGUGGGAAUCCUCCUCUGAGCAGCACCAGCACCCUGACCAUCCGUGUCUGUGGCUGCAGCAGUGAUGGUGUUGUCCAGUCUUGUAAUGUUGAAGCUUAUGUCCUUCCGAUUGGACUCAGUAUGGGCGCCUUAAUUGCCAUAUUAGCAUGCAUCAUUUUGCUGCUAGUCAUCGUGGUGCUGUUUGUAACUCUGCGGCGACAUAAAAACGAGCCAUUAAUUAUUAAAGACGAUGAAGAUGUACGAGAAAACAUCAUCCGCUAUGAUGAUGAAGGAGGAGGAGAGGAAGACACAGAGGCUUUUGAUAUUGCGACUUUACAAAACCCAGAUGGAAUUAAUGGAUUUUUACCCCGUAAGGAUAUUAAACCAGAUUUGCAGUUUAUGCCAAGGCAAGGGCUUGCUCCUGUUCCGAACGGGGUUGAUGUCGAUGAAUUUAUAAAUGUGCGGCUACAUGAGGCAGAUAAUGACCCCACUGCCCCGCCAUAUGACUCCAUUCAGAUUUAUGGCUAUGAAGGCCGAGGGUCUGUGGCUGGCUCCCUCAGCUCCUUGGAGUCCACCACCUCAGACUCAGACCAGAAUUUUGACUACCUCAGUGACUGGGGUCCCCGCUUUAAGAGACUGGGAGAACUCUACUCUGUUGGUGAAAGUGACAAAGAAACUUGACAGUGGAUUAUAAAUUAAUCAGUGGAACUGAGCAUUCUGUAAUAUUCUAGGGUCACACCCCUUAGAUACAACCAAUGUGGCUAUUUGUUUUAGAGGCAAGUUUAGCACCAAUCAUCUAUAAACUCAACUACAUUUCAAUGUUGAACCAAAAAUUAAUAAUAAAAAUAAAAAGUAUAUGUUAGGAGGUUAUAAAUCUUGUGGAGUGUGAAUUAAAGUAUGUGGAGUGUCUAGAAGUCUUUGGAUAUUUGAUAUUUACCUAACCACCACAGACAAAGAUUGGGAUACUGGCUAAUCCUUAGAGAGAUGGUUUAAAAAGAGGAAAAAAUCAAAAUUAAAAGGUGCUUUCUUAGAAAAAUGGACCUGCAAGAAAUGUGCUGCUGAUAUGUGUCUUCUGCAAGGAUUUUUAUAAAUGCAAAUGAUUUUUUCCCCUUCAUCAAUAAGGAUCCCGCCACAAAUGAUAAAGCAAUACUUGGUCUGCUGUACAUGAUGACUUUUUGGAGUUUUGGGAGGCCUCCUAGAUUAUAUGGUACGGUGACCACACAUUGUACAUAACUGUUGGCCCCACUCAUCAGAGACUGAAUAGCAUCUUUAAUAUUGUGUCGAGCCUUAAAAUAUUCACAUGUUCGUAAUCCAUUCCAGGGUGGGGAUUGCCAACUCAGUGGUGGAAGGAGAGAAAUCCCAUUCAAACAGGCUUGUUUUCUGGAAGCAGGAUUACUCGUUCCCUCCACUUCAUCUUCUUCCACAAGGACACAAAGAUAAACUGUAUCACACAGUGGACU